CUCAGCACUCGCAACCUGUCUUUUUCCCUAUCACCGGUAGCAAGUUAACGUUAAGAUGGUGGCCGUCAAAAUGCAGUUUAGCGUGUUUUCUGUUUUGUUGUUCAACGUUCUAUACAAUUUGACCAGCGCGUUAUAUUUUCACAUAGGGGAGACAGAAAAGAAAUGCUUUAUAGAGGAAAUUCCGGAUGAAACCAUGAUCAUAGGGAACUAUCGCACACAGUUGUAUGACAAACAGAAGGAAGAGUACUUGCCUGCAACACAAGGACUUGGGAUGUUUGUGGAAGUGAAAGACCCUGAUGAGAAGGUGAUUCUGUCUCGUCAGUAUGGGUCAGAAGGCCGAUUCACAUUCACCUCUCACACCCCUGGUGAACACCAGAUUUGCCUGCACUCCAACUCCUCCAAGUUUGCGCUCUUUGCAGGUGGAAUGCUGAGGGUUCACCUGGAUAUUCAGGUUGGGGAGCACACCAAUAAUUAUGCUGAGAUCGCGGCCAAAGACAAACUGACCGAGCUUCAGCUCAGGGUGCGACAGCUUGUUGAACAGGUUGACCAGAUUCAGAAGGAGCAGAACUACCAGAGGUACCGUGAAGAACGUUUUAGGCAGACCAGCGAGAGCACCAACCAGAGAGUCCUGUGGUGGUCCAUCGUCCAGACACUCAUCCUCGUGGCCAUUGGCUUCUGGCAGAUGAGGCACCUCAAGAGCUUUUUUGAGGCCAAGAAACUAGUCUAGAGUGCACUCUUAUUUGUUAUUUAUGCAUUUUCAGUUCAUGCAGUAAAAGUAAACGUUACUCGGCACGUGUCACAAUCCCAAAGAUCUGGAGUGGUGAAAUUACCGUUGAAACUUAUUUUAACAUUGCAUUAGCCCCUUUCUCCCUGAGGAAGAAAUAGUUCUCUUUCAGAGUUUAUUUUUACCUUUUUGUACAGUUUAAUGUCCUCAAUUUAUAAUUACAUCAGACUAUGCUGCAUCAAUUUAAAUUUUAGAGACAAUUUUACACCUCUCUUUACCUUAAUAGGAUACUGGUACCACAUUUUACUGUCGGAUUAGCAUGGUUUUAUCUGCGAUGAAUUGGUUGUGUCUUUGCUUUUUGUUGGUAUUGUCUAAUCGGGUAUGGUGCCCUUCCGCAGUUUAAAUCAUGUAAAGGUCGAUUGCACUUCUCAAGGAUAUCUUUGUUUUCUUUAUGAAUCAAAUAAACCACUGGAAAAGAAUGUGCUGCAGUUCAAUAUGGAAAGGAUUAAAAUGGCUGUCAUUAGCUCAAAUGCUUAUAUAAAUAAACAGUGUUUUGAAACCCCACUGAUAAAACAUUUUGCUGCCACCAUUUGGAAAAUGGCUCUUUGUUAGCACAGUGCAGCGAAAGACACAUUCAACUUGUUUAAAAUGUGAAGAGUAUUACACUUGCUCUAGAAUUUGAAUACUAUAUGUGGCAAAAGGGUAUUUUUGUAGUUUAAAUAAUUGUAGAUUCAUUUUCCAAAAUUGCUUCAUAGGUUCAUAUUGUUCCUGCGUACUUUGGCAUGCGUUGUGCUGUGAUUUGAAACUUGGCCCUUCUACUGACCUAUGGUUUGAUAAGUACUUGAAAGUCUUUACCAGUAACAAAUUUAGUGAAGUGUCUGAAGCUGCUUGAUAUCCCAUAUUUCCUGAAAAAUUAUAAAUGAGGAAGGCAUCUAGUUUUUGGGCUAAAUUAAGCAGCGUUGAAAGCACUAUUAAUAAAUAAAGGUUAUUACCAGUGUUUGAAUUUGGACUUCUACCAGCCAGACUGAAAGUUGUGCCAUUUGUAGUAGUUGCUGUGUUUUUUACGUUUGCUUCUUAUUCCAUAAAUAGUGUAUAAAGUCCUUGAAAUUAUGAAGACCUACAAAAGAUUUUGUUAAUGUCAGUUUACUGAGCCUACAAAUUAGUUGAUUGGAUUCAGUGCUAGUGUCUGUGUGAGCUAAAUUUUGGAAGCAGGAUGUGUUAGGUUAAGGGUAAGAACAUCGCAAAUGGAAAUUGAAAUUAAACAUUUGCAUAUUAUUUUUCAAGAAUUAAAGCUUAAACAAAUGUACUGUUCAAUGAGGGGACAUGGUUCUAUUGGUGUAACGUUAACUAGCUAGCUAACUUACAACGUUUCGAUCGCGUCGUUUUUAAGUCUGGCUCGUUCCAUUCUAUUCCAUGGCAAAACUGGAUUGUGGGUAUACUUCCUAACAGAUGAAGAUUUUCCUGCCAUUCUCUUUAGAUAGCUUUCACCAAUGCUUACAUCAGAAUAUCCAUAUGCCCAUGGUCAGCUUGAAAGUGGAGAAUAUUAUAUGAAAAAAACGGAUUUAGCUUUGCCUUCAAAACAGCAGUUUUUUACACUGUAAAAAUGUUUUUAAAAGAAGUUGAGUUUGAAUGUAUGUACUAUAAUGGCAGUCGGAUUUGUGCAUACUGCGUUCUUGAGGGUUUCAUAAAUUUGCUAUAUAUAUAUAUAUAUAUAUAAUUUCUGUAUUUGCCAUUUGCUUGCAGUUUUUCCUGAAUGAAUUCUGAGAACCAAUCCCUUCCAAGUGUCUGUACAUGUUGCUACCCGCUUACCCCAAACCACUAAUGUUUUAUGGAUAAUUUUCAUCUGUUGUAGACUGAUUUAUUAAUUUAGUGCCAUUUCCUUUUUUGCAUUUGUAUUACUAAGAGGGCUCUGUCUGGUGAUUCUUUUAUAUUUUGAAACUAAAUUUUUUAAGGACAGUGGGUUAAAAUGGGUGAAGGCUUUGAGUUUCUGAAUAUCUUGGGCUUUUGAGUGUUUAAAUUUGGGUUCAGAAAAUUAAACAUUCUGUUGAAGUUAUUCUUUGUAAGUAGACCUGAAAAUAAAUUGUUCCCCCCUAA